CCUUUCUAUAAGAUAUUUGGACAGCUGGUUGGAGUUGGUCAGAACGCUGACCACUGGAUCAAGGUCCCCUACCGACAUUUUUGUACGUUGAUGUUAUCAACUUUGGCAUCAACAUUUUACUCUGGUGCAGAGAUGGUCACAAAAAUUGCAAAUCACAUUGCCCACAAUUUUGAACCGUAUUGCUCGAACUACUUCUUUUUGCGCCUCAACAACGAGGCGGACACAUGGUAUGUUGCCAAUGCCACGGUUAAAGAGAGAAAAUCUCUCGCAAAUUAUUUAUAAAAGCGAGCCGCCUCUCUUGAGGCGGCAUGGCCAGGUGUCGGAAGCGACGAAAUUUUGCGCAGCACAUUUGAUGACCGUGCGGCAUCUAUGGAGCGUGGCCAACUCCGAUCACAUAGGCCAGCUUGUUUGCCUCCCCGCACGCUUUCCUGCCAUUUUUGCACACUGUCUUAACCUACAUGGACUUGGUUGUCCAUAUCUUGGAACCUCAUCCACAAAAUUUUGUUUCGAAAAGAUACAUCUUUAGAAAGUUGAAAGAGCUUUUUGCUGGGACAAAAGUCCCAAACCGCGUUUAUUUAAGCAUCGAAGUAGCUGUGCAUACAGCCAUACAGCAACGGACCGACGUAGUUUUUGGGAGAAGACAAGCGCAUAAUGCAAUUUUGGACAAAGUAGACUAGAUACAAGAUUUUGUCACUCUAACCAUUGGGGAACUAGAAGCGGGUACCUUUCGCCCGCAAAAAUAUACAGAUCCAAAGGGAUUCAGGAAGUUU